AUGAGCACAAGUUUCAAUCAGUGGCAGACAACGAGAUUUUCUGUGUUCACCCGUCCAUCCAGAGUUGAAGUCAACACACAAAAGGACCUAGAAGACAUGCUUUCUAAACUUGACGACACAACCGCCAAUGCAGACGUCAACGAACAUGUGCAAAGAAAACUCUUUACAAGCAGACGAAAGUUCUUAGAGCUGGCGUUACCUUGUGGGAUUUUAGCGUUGUUGAGUCUCCUAUAUAGCUUGAUCUAUCUGGUUGACGCUGGGGAGCGGAUCGUCUCAAGUGUAAAGACUGAUUUCAAGAAUUUAGUUAAAAAGAAACAUAAACGUUAUUUUUGUACUGGUAAAGAAAGACCCGGGUCCAAGAAUAAGCAGAGUCAUAUAACAGCCGCAUUACCUGAUGACACUAUACUUAUAUCACGUCUUCAUGGAUUGUACAUAUUGACCAUUUAUUUACAGACGAGAGAUUUUCUGACUCAAGUGGAAACGUUGGACUGUUGCUUAGCAACCAUUCUGCACGAGCAUAGCGACCGGAUUACCUCAGUGAAGGGAAACUCAGAAUUGUUGUCAAAAGAUUAUCACCUCACAGAUGAAGCAUUGCAGGAUGUUCUCAACACAAAGACGCUGGCCGAAUGGAAAUUGUUAAGCCAGAUCACCGACUGGAGAAACAAGCGUUCUCGUGACAUCAUAGAAGAAUCAGAAUUUUAUCUACAGUUCGCCGCAGACUUAAAAGCUGUGAUUUUUGAACGUGGCUUUAGAUUAAAAGAAAUAAGAAAAUGGAAAGCCCUCUAUGAGUACCUAACGUCAAUGAGGAAUGCAUUUCAGGUUGAUGUCAUUCUGAACAUUUUAAGACUGCUUGAAACAAAUGCCCCCAGACUAAAAAUAGAAACUAAUGCCGAGAAAACCAUAUCAUUUGUUGCAAAAUUCAAAAGCGUUUUGUGUGAAGCUGACAAAGGGUAUGACAAUGUGAAAAUAGCAUGUUCGUUUGAGCUAUUAUGUAGCUUACACGCCAGUUCUAUGAAUUUUAGCAUCAAUGAGCCCUGUUGGAAUAACACUACCAAAUUCGACAGCAAUAAAGUAAAAAAUCUAAGGACUAAAAUUCAAGAAAAGCUGAUUAACUUACUGAGAGAAAUUGAAAGCAGCAACACAAAAACUUUGACCGUUUCAGCAAUUUUGUUUUGCAUGCUGUUCGUAUUCAUUGGAACUACGGCUGCGUGCAUCUCUUUGUUUGUCUACAUAUUUCGCGAGCAGACACAAGUGGCUGUGGUCGUGUCAGACAUGUUAAAAGGUGUGACUUCAAGAGUGGAUAAGCAACGUGAAUCAACGGACCAAGUCGUAAAUCGGCUGAUUCCAAGAAAUCUUGUGCGAAAAGUGAACGUAGAUCACCAUAGCAAUAUGAUUCCAUAUGAAGCUCCGGACACCACCAUAUUUAUGGUGAGCAUCGCUGGCUACGAGAAGUUCUUCAACAUGUUCACUGCCGCCCAGACAAUCCAUAUUCUCACCUUGGUCAUGGAAUUAUUGGAUGAAAGAAUGGAACAGUACAAUGUGUUGCCUGUCGCCAGAAUGGGACAGUAUGUUCUAGUUCUGUCAGAAUCCGAGGUUAAAAAGCAAGUGCGGAAUGCAUGUGAGAUAGCCAAUCUGGCCAUAGAUAUUAUGACGUGCUGUAGUGACCUAGAAAUAGGACGCCACUCAACAUCCAAACUACAGAUGAAACUCGCAAUACACACAGGACCAUGCUAUGGACGACUGGUUGUUCACAAUGGUACAGUACAGCUGAAAAUAGUCGGCAACACUCUUACUGUUCUGAGGCAAAUUCAUAAGGCAGCUAUACCCAACAUGAUUCAAGUGAGUGAGACAACACAGAAACUGUUAGCAGCUUGUGAAUGUUACAGUCUACAUUACAGAGGAAACAUAAAAAUACCGGAUAUGUCUAAAUAUUACAAAGUGUACUGGUUAAACGGCCGCCGUGUAUCAUCAGCUCUCAGCGUGGAAGACUGUUGUUCUAGAAUGGGGUCUUGGAUUGAGCUGGAGAGGAAGCCCCUAUACAGACUGGAUGAAAAUGAUGGGACAUACGAACCGUUGAAUAAAUCAGCAUGUCGGCGGUACUCGCAAAUGAGUGCGGGCUCGUACAACCCGACUGCUUACCCAAAUACUGGCACACACCUAGGGGACUCCGAAACAUCUCUAUAAAAUAUACCUAACCGAUGUGACUCACGAACAAUCCAACACAUCUGUAGAAGUGCUGCAGUCAGGACAGUUCUUAGAACAGUAGAAACAUCAGUAAUAUUCCUUGCGGUAUUAAAACGUAGCCGCACAAAGUCAUAACCACCAGUCUCAAUUAGCUUGCAGACCAGGAAAAAGAACCCUUUUUAAUUUAUUCUUAUUGGAACAAGUCUAGUUUUACAUAACUUAACUGGUGUUCGUCUUCUACGAAUGUUGCUUCGUCCAAGAAUAAUGCAUUUUAACCAGUGUCAAAAGAACAAAAAAAAAUUAGUCACAAAAGAAAAUUAGUCAAUACUCAACUGACAUUCAAAAGAAAGGGGCACAAUUGAAGAAAUAUUGACUCCACAGUUAUGUACCUUAAUAUAAAUAAUACAAGGACUGUUUUAGUUUGGAGCAAAUCCGGUUUGUAAUGACGAAAGCAGAUGAAUGGAGAAUAAUUCGUGUAAUAUGGAAUCGAUCCAAUCAGUUUCGUCGCGACCCCUCUAUGGUAACAUGCGACAUCUCGUACUAUUGAAAUUGCACUGCGCACUUAGCGUUCAGCUUCGGAUUUUUUUUGGAACAAGACACUUUUUCGUUGUGUCAGUAAGCGUCUACGAAACCGCAACGUUUCGCACAUUGUACCAAAGUCUAAUAUGUUGACUGAGUUUUUUUUUAAGGUAAACCGCAUCAACCGAAUAAAAACAAACGAGACGAGUUAAGUGAUGAACACGAGUUAUGUUGGAAGGCGAACAAUAAAUAUUUAGCUGCCGUGCUGUUACAUUUAUCAUGGAGAGACAAUCUGACAACUGCGAGAUUUCGAAGAUGAGCACUGUUUAUGACAUCUAACAUAUGACAGAUUAAACUUUUCAGAAGUACUGGAAUAGAAAUAUGCAGGAUGCAUUUCUUAAAAUGGGCGUGAGAAAGAUAACAAGAGGACCAUGAUGGUCCUGAAUCGCUCACCUGUCCCCACAUGACCCAGUUUUAAACUGAGCAUGACAUCGUUUUUUCUAUUAUUUGACAUUGUGACCUAGUUUUUAAACUCAUGUGACCCAGUGUUGAACCUGACCUAGAUAUCAUCAAGAUAAAAAUUCUAACCAAUUUUCAUGAAGAUCUAUUGAAAAAUAUGACCUCUAGAGAGGUCACAAGGUUUUUAUUAUUUGACAUACUGACCUAGUUAUUGACGGCACGUGACCCAGUUUCGAACUUGACCUAGAUAUCAUCAAGGUGAACAUUCUGAUCAAUUUUCAUGAAGAUCCAUUCAAAGUAUGGCCCCUAGAGAGGUCACAAGGUUUUUCUAUUUUUAGAUCUACUGACCUAGUUUUUGACUGCAGUUGACCCAGUUUCGAACUUGACCUAGUUAUCAUCAAGAUGAACACUCAGACCAACUUUCAUACAAAUCCAAUGAAAAAUAUGGCAUCUAGAGAGGUCAAAAGGUUUUUUUGUUAUUUGACCUACUGACCUAGUUAUUGAUGGCAUGUAACCCAGUUUCAAAUUUGACCUAGAUGUCAUCAAGGUGAACAUUCUGACCAAUUUUCAUGAAGUUCCAUUUACAAGUAUGGCCUCUAGAGAGGUCACAAGGUUUUUCUAUUUUUAGACCUACUGACCUAGUUUUUGACGCAGUUGACCCAGUUUCGAAUUUGAUUUAGAUAUCAUGAAGAUGAACAUUCAGACCAACUUUCAUACAGAUCCCAUGAAAAAUAUGGCCUCUAGAGAGGUCACAAGGUUUUUUUAUUAUUUGACCUACUGACCUAGUUUUUGAAGGCACAUAACCCAGUUUCAACCUUAACCUAGAUAUCAUCAAGAUAAACAUUCUGACCAACUUUCAUGAAGAUCCAUUGAAAAGUAUGGCCUCUAGAGAGGUGACAAGGUUUUCCUAUUUUUAGAUCUACUGACCUAGUUUUUGACCGCAGUUGACCCAGUUUCGAACUUGACCUAGAUAUCAUCAAGGUGAACAUUUUGACCAACUUUCAUAAAGAUCCCACGAAAUGUGACCUCUAGAGUGGUCACAAGCAAAAAUUUACGCACGCAUGGACGCACGGACGGACGACGGACGCUGCGCGAUCACAAAAGCUCACCUUGUCACUAUGUGACAGGUGAGCUAAUAACACGCAAAUUUCAAAUGUAAACAGACCUGACUUACCCAAUCAAGCAUUUGAAAAAAAAAUAAUCUCGUAUUGCAAUGAUUUUCGACGGUAUAUCGGAAAAUCAGAAUCACGAGUACUCAGUUUUUUUUUUGUUCUGCGGGAAUAUUGGCAGGGCCCGUCAGCAGGGGCAAAUCGCAUCGAAACUACUAAAAUUUGGGAAAGUUUGCGCAGUAAUACAUAUACAUACGAGUAUAGUAUCUUUCAUUAAUAUGUUACACACUUUCUAGAAGAAAAUGACUUAAACAUAUUGCUCAUAAACAUGCAUAAUCAAUUUUAAUUCGGAUGAGCUAAGCCGGCAGAGCGCAGUGCCUUGUUUUAUUUUCUUGAUACCAAAGUAAUGGACCUUGCCAUAAUACUAGUAUGAUGUGGGAAGUUUGAAGAAAAGUUAGUUAUAACAAAAAUAAAGUGAAACGAGAAGGGUCUCUAAAACAAUAUUUGCCGAAGGUUGUGACUUGAUCAAUGAAACAACAAAGCUCUUACAUGACAAAAACUUCUGUUACUAAAUUGUAGAACAUAAUUGCUCGAAAAAAUUUGCAUAUAAAGGGGCUUUUUUACAACAGAACAUAUUAUUUAUGUACAGUUUCAGAUGGAUGUUAAGAACGUUUGAAUCGUCUUCAAUUUAAUAUUUGUUUAUUAGAGCUGCUCAUAAUAACAACAGUUGUCUUUAAAUAUUAUAAACAAAUUCGGAAAUUAAAAGCACUGUACACAGUUCUGUUCCAUACACAUAUCAUGAUUUCCGACGAAUAGUAUCUCUAAUAUGUUAAUCCUUGAAGUUACAUUGGAGGAACAUGCGCCGUUCCAAAUAUAAACAACAAUCAUGUUCCCGCCAUAUGAUAGUGCUACUUUAAGGUUUUUAGGAUUAAUUCUUAAGUUUAUUCAUUCGUUCUUCUCAAUCACACUAUUUGUUACAAACUAUUAAUGAAAUAAAGAUUUAACAUUAGAA